AUGUCGCUAGGUGAAAAUAUCGAUCGAGAUCCAUCGUCUUCAUCAUUGAAUCGUCAUUUUCUUAUUGUUCCAUCAUUUAAUCCUGAACGUCGACAUUCAUGGGCAAGUGUUGUAUCACAUAUAUCGUCACGAAAUUCUAAUGUUACUUCAUUUAUAAAUAUAACCAAUGCCAAUUCUAUACGAUCGUCAUCGUCGUCGGAAUUAUUAGCUUCAACCACUCGGCCUUUUCUAAUUGAACAAAAAAAAGAAGUCAAAUCAUCGUCACCACCAACGCUAAACUCUUUUUCCUCUGUAAACGCCCGUUCCUUUCCAUUUCAAUGUUGCGGCGAGAGAAGAAAUUCAUCGCGAAGGCAAUCGGUCGAGCAAACCUCAACAAUCGUUUGCCCACGUCGAAAAAGUUCGACACCAAGUAUUUCAUCACGCCGUCCUUCAACAACUCUUGUUCGAAAUCAUCGAAAAACAAAUACAAAAUCAACAAUAAUAUCAUCAUCAAUAACAAUCCCAACAUUAACAAAAUCAACAAAAAAACGUCGCCGUCGUGGAGGAAUGGCUUCCGCAUGCACUUCCUGUGUUUCAUCAAAUCAUAGUCGUCGUCAAAGUUCAACAACUCUCGAUGAUAUCACAACAGCUCCCCCUGUAUCUUCAUCUACCAAUCCACCUCUAUUAACUCGUCUUGGACAGAUUAUAUUGAGACGAAGAAUAACGGGUGGCGGCGGUGGUGGUGCUAAUAAUAGUAGUAGUAGUACAAUAGUCAAUAAGAAAAGCAGGUAA